GGGGUCCGCGCCCUGAACGCGGCCGGGCGGAGCGGGGCGCGGUGGCCCCGGGCAGGGCCAGGCCCGGAGGGGCGGAGCGAGGACGGGGCGGGGCGGCCGCACCUAGCUCGGGCUGGGAGCCUGGCCCGCCCUCCACCCUCGGCGCUCCUCAAAAGGGGCGCGGGCGGCAGAGGGCUGCGGGCGGCGGCGCCGUCGGGGCUGGGUUACGGCCGCCAUGGACCUGUGGCCGUGGCUGACGGCGGCGCUGCUGCUGCUGUUGCUGCUUGUGCAGCUGAGCCGCCCCGCCAGGUUCUACGCCAAGAUCGGCCUCUACUGCGUGCUCUGCCUGUCCUUCUCUGCCGUGGCCUCGAUCGUCUGCCUGCUGCGCCACGGCGGCCGCACCGUGGAGAACAUGAGCAUCAUCAGCUGGUUCGUUCGGUCCUUCAAGUAUGUGUAUGGCCUUCGCUUUGAGGUCAGAGGCCAGAAGAAACUAGAGAUGGAUGGGCCCUGUGUCAUCAUCUCUAAUCACCAGAGCAUCCUGGACAUGAUGGGUCUCAUGGAGAUACUCCCAAAGCGCUGUGUACAGAUUGCCAAGCGGGAGCUGCUGUUCACAGGGCCUGUGGGCCUCAUCAUGUACCUGGGGGGGGUGUACUUCAUCAACCGCCAGCGGGCCAGAACUGCCAUGUCCCUGAUGGCUGACCUGGGUGACCUCAUGGUCAAGGACAAUCUCAAAGUGUGGAUCUACCCAGAGGGUACACGCAACGACAAUGGGGACCUGUUGCCCUUUAAAAAGGGUGCCUUCUACUUGGCCAUCCAGGCCCAGGUGCCCAUCAUCCCAGUGGUGUACUCCUCUUUUUCUUCCUUCUACAACGUCAAGACAAAACUCUUCACCUCAGGAACAAUCAGGGUACAAGUGCUGGAUGCUGUCCCUACCAGUGGCCUUACGGAUGCUGACGUCACCAAGCUUGUAGAUACUUGCUACCAGUCCAUGAGGGACACCUUUCUACAAAUUUCUAAGAUGCCCCAGGAGAACUGUGAUAUUAAGGAGGCUGGGAUCAUGCCAGCUCAGUAGCCCAGGCCACAGGGGCAGGGGAGCUGGGAAAAGGCAGGUGGGAAGCAGAGGCUGGAGGAUGGACAGAAGGCCAUACCCUCCCACCUACCAAACAUCACCUUAUCCUGCUCCCCUGCUGGCCUGGCUUUCAUUGGGGCCUGGAAAAAGGAAGCCCUUUCUGGCACAGGCCUUAGACCCAGGACCCCAUGUAACUUCCCACUUCAUGCCUGUGCCUCCAGAAUCUAGAGUCCAGCAGGUGGGCUGACCCACAAGACCCCAAGACACCAAGGAGUGGGCGACAUGCUACCCAAUGUCCACCUGUGGUGCGGGAUCAACAUCAGGAACCAGGCCAUGGCCUGCAUCAGGCCAUCGGGAAGAGGAGGAACUUGGUCUCCCAGUUUCAAGGAAGCCUGGGUCGCACAGCACUGGAGGGCAGAGCCUGCCACACCCCCACUGUCCGACGAUCUCAGUCACAAAUCACUGCUGUACUUGGUUCUUUUUUUUAUAAAUGAACUCUCAGAAGUGCCUAGAGACCAGGUUGGUCUCUUUCAGAGGGUGGGUAAGGGCUCUUCCCCAGGCCUCCAUCUACAUGGAUUAUAUGGAUGUAUAUAACUA